CUGUCAGCAUGGAGCAGACAGACAAAGUUCAGGACAGCAUUGUCGCACCAAGCCGAAAGAUGUUGAUCAAUUUUGUUUUACUUCUGUUAGGAGGAGCUCUAUGUUCAGCAGCACAUGUACAACCAGAUGUUAAACUAGUUUUACAUUGUAUAGAGGGAACAGCCAUGUGUGCUAUUAUAUGCAAAGUUACAGAUAUACCAAUGGAUACAACGAUACAUCUAUCAAAGACCUCUCCAGAAAACGACACUACUUAUGAAUUUUCGGAUAAACAGCCACAAUACAUGUUCACAAAGCACUCUGACAACAUCAUAAUCUAUUUUAACACAUUUUACAAAAAAUGGGAAGGUUAUUACACGUGUACAGUAAAGGAGAAUAUGGAUACACAGAAAACAUGGACAACAGAUCCCGUGUACUUAAAGUCUCCAAUAAAUGAAAGCAAAACAGCUCCAGCAAGAAUCUAUACAGUAAAGACUGAUUAUCCUCAGACAUUGGUAGAUAGUGGUGAGGAUGUUCGGUUCCAAUGCCGUGUUGGUGGUAAUCCAGAGCCAAAAGUCACAUGGAAAAAGAUAGCAAAUGAGGAAUUUAUGGCGGUGGGACCUGUGUUACAUUUUCCGUCUAUAACCAGAGAGGACCAAGGACAAUAUAUGUGCGUUGCUGAUAAUGGAAUCAGAAAGACCAACAAAACUGCACGUCCAAUAUAUGUUAGAACUUUUAAACCAGCCAUUACAUAUGCCAACACAACUGGAGGUGUUAUAACAUUACGACCAGAUGAAGUAAACUAUAAUUCGCAUAAAGAAAUGGCAGUUAUAAUAGAAGGUUAUCCUGAUCCACAAGUUACUUGGUGGAAGGUCAAUGAAAAUGGUAGAGAGCAAUUACCUGAUAAUAUCAGAAGUUACUUUGACCGUGGAUUUGAAUUCUACAGUGAACCAAUGAAACAUGAUGAUAGUUAUUAUCCAGAUGAAGGAAAGAAAUCAAAUGGGUUCCGAAUCUAUAAUUUUUCUCCUAUAGAUCUUGGAACCUAUGUCGUGAAAGCAGAGAACCAACUUGGUACAGCUGAGUUAACAUUUACAAUGAAACUUGAGACUAAUUAACAUAUAACUUGAGGAUAUGAAACAACAACCAGAAUUAACCAGCCUUUCUAUCAUCUAGUUAAUACUUUUCUAAUUCUAAAAUAUAAUAAAGAUUUUUUUGCCAAUACUGUUAAA